AUGGCGGCUGACAAUCCUUCGAACGUGCUACUGAAAGCCACAGAAGUACUACAAAAAGCUGCUGGCAGCGUAGUCAAACUACUUGAAGACGAGGAACGAUCCUCACGUAAGUUCGAUGAGAAGUCUAAUUCGAUUUCAAGUCAUUUAACAAAAUCAUCGUUCAACCGCGAGCCGAAUUGCGUCGGCCAUGCUGGCCACGCUGCACAAGAGUUUGUUGUGGACCUCUUCCCGUCUUUAGUGAAGCAGAGGGAACAACGUGCGAAGGGUAGAGGAAAACGUGGUCAAAUUAAUGGCAAGAGAAAACCAACUGGUUUAUCCCCUUUUAUGAACUUCGCGCAUGUAAAUACGUGGACGCAUCGAUUCUGUCUAUUGAGCGGGGUUGAAAACGAAUCGACGCCAACUAUAAAAGAAAAGCAGCUAUUACUAGAAGCGGCAUGGGACGGUGGAGGAUUUACUCUAUGGCGGUGUGGUGGCAGGAAUUCUAAAGAUUUGGUGCAAAUUUACCUUCCAAAUGAAGGUUACACUGUCAAGUAUCUCAAAGAAGAGUCCGUUCUUGGAUCGGCCGUAUGUUAUAUAAAGCCUUUACAGAGAGAUCUACCUUUCGACACUUGCAAAGACAAGACCUCUGAAGUCAAGCAAUCCUCAGGAGUGAAAAUAAAGUGCAUUUACUGUGCACAAACUGUUGCUAUGAAUAGUAUUCAAGAUCACCAUAAAAUAUGCAACUUAGAUAUUUUAAGUGACACAGAUGAUGAUGAUGAUGACGACGACCUCUGUGUUGUGAAUACAGUAUGGCUCCUCCUACAAAAGUGUGUAAAAUAAAUGAUGACCAGAAG